AUAGUGCUCCUUUCGAGAGAGAGGGAAAGCAAUGCGGUUUACUCAUUAAUCACGUGUAACUAGGUAUCCGAUAAUUUUGUAAUUUGCAGCAACGACAGCUAGGACUUGAUGAUGCUUUCGGCGCUGACUGCUAAUGCCUAUGCAUGAAAGUCCGUACUCCGUACCUGCGCUCUUCGCGACUCGUCUGCGUAUAGCCACAAAUAUACAGUGUGCGUGAGUCCACUCACCGCUGUAGUUUCAUGGCACAACUCCAGUAGUAUACAUAUUGCCUGUCUUCAACCUUUGACACGAUAAACACGAGGUGCUUUGCUCCUCUUUGCAUCGUCACUAACUAAUCAUUUCUAACGUCAAAUUAAGUUUGGCUGAUUUGGGUUUUCAUGUUUACCAAAUUUUCCUAAACUUAGAACUACUAUUUUUAAGUAAAUUUGAAGAUUUUUUUGCUCUUUCAUUUCUAAAAUGGUAUUUGGAUAUCAUUGUGUUUAAAAACACGAUGUCACAAUAAGUUCACUAAGUUGGUUUGAUAUUACAACUAGUAAUUCUGUACUAGUUUAUUUAAGAAGCAUUAAAGAUUAUGUGCAUCUUGCUCAAUUCUGCAAUGGAAAGUAAAGUUACUAGUAAAACGAGCAGCUUGAAAGCAUUGCUUUUGAGAGCUUGGAGAGAACGAUGGAGCGAUCUUCAAUGGGGGAUAAACAUCAAAACAAUAUUACCAAGAGGAGUAAGCGGUGAUGUUCAUAACUUGGCAGAUUGUAUAUUACAACAAGCACUAGUUGGUCCAGGACCAAAUGAAUUAGUACUUUCAUAUCUGAAGCAUUCACUUUGUUCACAACUUGUAUCCUAUGCUGCAGUAUUACAAAGAAUUAGUAAAUAUGAUUCUUUUCAUAAACUCCACUGUAUUAUUAGUCUGCUUGAUUUUCUUGAUACAAUUCAUUCGGGUAUUACAUGUCGCGGUAAACCUGAAGAAGAUCUCUUAGCUGCUGCCUGUCUUUCAAUUGUUCAUUGGUUAUUGCAAUGCUAUCAUCAUUCUAUUACUAAAACACCUCAAGGCAAUCCAUUAGCGCCACAACCGACAGAGUUAAUGGAAAAAUCAGCACAUCUUUUAAAAGCACUUCUAGCAUCUGAUUUUAUCUGUGCAAUGUUAUAUUCAGCAAAACAUGAUAAUAAAGAUUUGUACAUUGAUAUUCUGAAAAAAUGCCAGGAAAUUGACAAAGAACAAUCGAAAAGUAAUUUAAAAUGUUCCACGUCAAUAGAUGAAUCAUUGAAAAAAUUGGGUAAUUUGGAAAUCGAAAAUAUGAUUUUAAAAUUUUCAAAACCCGAUUCCGAGCCAAUUACUUACUGUUUACAACCUUUACUGGCUGUUCAAAAUUUAAUUAAUCCAAGUACUGAAACCAGUACAUAUAUUAGUCAAUUACAUAUGAUACAAAGACUGAAGAACUACUCUAACUCAAGAUUGUACUGUGAAGUAAUAAGAGCAUGUAUGAUGUGUUUACAUGAUGUAACUGGUACUUUUAAAGAAUCUCAUUGGGGGGGUUUCACAGUUUUGAAAUUACCUCAAAUUUUGAAAGAACUUCAUUCAAGUACCCUUCAUGGUGAAAAUGAAAAUUUCAAAUAUUCACAAGAUGUUAUUGAUGCUUUUGAACUUUUGUUGAAAUAUACACCUUUAUUAGAUAAAAUGGAUAUUAUAUACUCUGGAAAUAGCAUUGAAUUUUUGCUGAAUGAAUUGCAAAAAGUGAAUUUAGUUACUGAAGAACAGGCAAAACAGAUCAGUAGUCGAAGGGAUGGUUUACUUACAUCAUUGCAGAAAUUUGAUUCCCCGAGCAUUGGUUCAUCGAUUGGAACUAUUAUAAUGCGUGCUGAACCUACUCUAGCAGGGUUAUUGAAGACAUUAAAUGCAGAAUAUACUAAAAUUCAAGAUUCUUUACUUAGUUUAUUUUGUCAAGUACUGACUGGUAAUAGUUUUGAGUUGAUGUGUUCUGUAGCUACAGUUGAGGGGAAAAUGAAAACAUUUGUUUCUAGAUUAAUUAAGUGCAAUGAAUGUAGCAAACAAAUCAAUGAAGUUCCUGGUAAAACAGCAACAACCAGAGCAUUGCUAUUUGAAAUUUCAUUUUUAAUGCUGUGUUCUAUUGUUCAAACACAUGGACCCGAGGUAGUUCUCGAAGAAGGCGGAGAUUCUUUUUUUGAGCAAUGGGUUCGUGAAUGUAUGCCAUUGAAAGAAAAACCAAAAUCUCCUUACAAAAUGCUUCAAAAUGUUGAUUCAACCAAAGUUGAUCUUUUAUUGGCUCAGGUUAAUUCAACUGACACAGAUCUUAAAUCAAAUAACAAUAAAUGGCAUGUUUCAUGCCUAGCAGCUAUGGCUGUAGCUAAAGAAUUAUUAUAUGCUUGGGAGAGCAAUGCUAUUAGUGCAGCAGAUGUUAAGCGAGCUUUAAAUGGACUUAGAGCUACUUCUUGCUGCUUACCUGUUUGCGCUACUGCAUGGCUCUGUGCAUACAUGGGUAUAACUCAUCAAGAUGCUUUACUCAAACCCAUGAACAUGGUCCAACAGUUCCUUACUCCAGUUAAUAUUGAUGAAAGACAAGAUAAUUUUAAAGAGAGGUCAAGUCUAAUGUUUCAAAUUAUACGAAAAAUGCAAUAUGAGAUUCACCCUCCAACACAAUCUAAAACUAAAGUACUUUCAGUAUCUCACAGUAUCGUUUCCAAAAAUCCAAUUCUGGAACAACUUCAACAGAUUUGGCAAGGAAUUUAUCAACGUGGUUGGGUUAAUGUUCAAGUUUCUCAAUCACUUGAAUCACUUUUGAAAACUGGUGGUCCUCUAUGGUUUGUGACAAACUUAGUUAAAGAACUAUUUAAAAUCCAGUAUCAAGAAGAACUGGAUCGUUCUUUAGAUUUAAUUUUUUCAAUUUUACACUUAGAUAUUGAAAAUUGUACUUUAGAAUUGAUAAAUCAAGUGUUACCGCAGUACUUAUAUAACUCUUUGCAGGGUCAAAAAUUAGUUGAACCACAAGCAUCAGCUUUAGCAAAACUAUGUGUUUAUUGUAUAUUUUCUGCAUUAGAAUAUAAUAAUAACAAUCCACCACAAGUAAAUAGUCGAAAAAGAGUAAGAGUAGAAGUAGACAAUGAAGACUUGGACAUAGGAAUGCCACCAGCCAAACUUUUAAGACUGAAUGAAGCUACUGAUACAAAGUUAAUUUUUGGUUCUAAUUCUCCUCAAGUACCUGGAGCCAACAAUGGAGGCAAAUCAAUUAUUUUAAGAGAACCACUUCAUACUGCAUUGGAAAAACUAUUUGCUAAUUUUAAUUUCUUAGCUGCAAGAAAUGGAGAAGUUUCCCAACAUACUCAUUUCAUUUUACAAUUUCUUCAAUUAACAGUCCAAUGUGGAAAAGAUAGAGCUUGUAUUGUGCUUCAAAAAAUGCCAGAAACUUUGGUACCAAGUCUUUUAAAAGCACUUCCCGAAUGCUUCACAACAGAUUUAUUGCUUAGAUUGUAUGAUGUUCAGACUAUAAUGGGUCGCAAAGCAAUAGCUCGAGACUUAUGCAUGUUGCGUAAUAUUCAACUUAAGCCUACAAAAUAA